AUGAAUGAAGAAUGUGAAACAGUACCAUCACAAAAAGGUGGCAUUAAAAUUAAAGUUGAUGGAUAUCUUAUGACAAAAGAGAAGAAUUGUAAAAAUACCUACUAUUGGUGUUGCGACCAAAAAAAAUUCAACGGGUGUACGGGUCGAGCUGUAACACAAUUACGAAAUAAUAAACAUUAUCUUAAAAGUUUCUCCAAACACAAGCAUGCUCCACAAGCGCAUAAGCCCGAAGUUGCCAAAGUUGUACAUCAAAUUAAACAACAAGCUAAAGUAUCAAGAGAUAAACCUGUCAAGAUAAUUCAAGAUAAUAUUAUUAGUACGCCUGAGGAAGUUCGCCCAUAUCUUCCAUCAGUGAACUCUUUGUGUAAAACCAUUAAUCGUGUUAGACAAUCCAAAUUGCCACCCCAACCACGAAAUAUUAUGGAGCUUAAUCUUCCAGAAUCCCUUCGACUUACAUUGAAUGGUAACCCUUUUUUGAUCAAGGAUCAAUUAGUUGGUCAAAAUCGAAUACUUAUAUACACUACGGUUGAAAAUAUUCGAUAUCUAUCUCGGGCAUCUUUCUGGAUUAUGGACGGUACCUUUGACACAGUACCCACGAUAUUUCGUCAGCUCUACACUAUUCACGCACCUGUUGGUGCUGCAGAUAAUUUUCGCAUUCUCCCCCGCGUGUAUUCACUAAUGACGCAUAAAUCUGAGGAGCAAUAUAUUUGGUUAUUUGAGAGUUUAAUUGACUUCGCAGAUGAAAAUGGAAUUGAAUUAAACCCACCAAGAAUUAUAACUGACUUCGAGAUAGCAGCCAUAAACGCAUCACAAUAUAUAUUCCCUGAAGUCAUCAAUAAAUCAUGUCAAUAUGGAAACGAUCUUCAUUUUAGUAACAAGAUACGAUGCUUAUUUGCAUUGGCCUUUCUACCACCUCACGAAAUUCCAUCAGCAUUUAAUAUUUUGAAACCACACUUGCCUCAAGAAGCACAUAAACUGGUUCUAUGGUUUGAGGAAACGUACGUACUUGGUGAAAUCAGGCGAGAAACAAGGGGUGGUCAUGAAAUUCGUGGUUCACCUCUUUUCCCACCUAAAUUAUGGUCAGUACAUGAUUCAGUCGAUUUAGGCAUUCCGAGAACCCAAAACGCCGUUGAAGGAUGGCACAACCGUUGGGCAACGUUGGUUGGCGGAUCUCGUGUAAGUGUUUUUUCAAUAGUUCAGAAAAUGCAAAGGGAACAAUUAUUGGUUGAGUCCCAAAUUGAAUGUACUUUUUAUGGUGAAUCUCGUCCUAAGCAAAAAUGGAGUUUGGUCGAAAGAGAGAGAAGGAUAAUGACCAUCGUCAAUGAUCGGAAUAACCGCUUAUUAAUAGAUUUUUUGGAAGCGAUUGCGCAUAAUCUUUUUAUCUAA